CCGAGGAAAUGCUCACUUUCCGCCAUCGUCUUCUGCGUUGCCUGAGAACUGCAGAUUUUAUUUCACAGAAAUGGCGAGAACCUCCACUUUUCGUCUGAGAGAAACAGCGAAAAACCAGUCAUCUCGUUCCGUUUCACUGCUUCCGAAGUGCUAGGUCUUGUCCUACCUAUCAUUUUCAGGCGCAUUUAAGUGUAGCAACGGCCCCACGGCCCUUUACUCGGCUAGCGAUCCCCUGCAAUGUGUCACCAAAGCCAUGUCAGCAAACAUUAUUCUGCGCACACUCCGCAAGCGAGUAUCGGCGGGAUAUAAUAAUGACUUUGGUCAAUUUUACCACGCAGUAAAGUGCAAGGCGGUCAAUCACUGCCCAUAGAUCUUAUGCGACUAGUCCAGAAUCGACGUUAUCGAUGUUGAUCCCAGGUGAAACGCGUUGACAGGCAAAACUGGCGACCCUGCGUGAAGCCAGCAGCAAUGCACUCCCUCCCUCUUUCCUGUUCUUGUUGCAACAUUUUCACUAUCUACAAAUGUCCAGCACCAUGACAAAUCUCUAUCGGACGGUGCGUGCCAUAUGGCCGCCCGAGCCUAAAUUCUCCACCGACCAGAUCCCAGACCUGACUGGUAGGGUCACCAUCGUCACUGGCACGAACACCGGCGUGGGCAAAGAGACUGCGAAGGUGCUCCUGCAGCACAACGCCAAGGUGUACCUUGCUGCGCGGACCCGGGCCAAGGCCGAGGCUGCUAUCAAAGACCUGAAGGACGCGACAGGCAGGGACGCCAUAUUUCUAGAGCUGGAUCUUGCGAACCUUGCGUCAGUGCGCAAGGCUGCGGAAGAGUUUCUAAGCAAAGAGCGCGAGCUGCAUAUUCUCUUCAACAAUGCCGGCGUGAUGGUCCCACCGAUAGAACAGCUCACGGCAGAGGGAUAUGAUUUGCAGUUCGGCACGAACGUCCUCGGGCACUGGUACUUCACACAGCUGCUCCUGUCCGCGCUGCAAGCAGACGCAAAGAGCUCCCCUGACGGCUAUGCGCGCAUCGCAACGGCGAGUAGCCAUGGUGCGCAUGUCGCCGGGCCCAUCGACUGGAACACGCUCCGCGACCAUCCGAGCCUACAUUACCGAAUGCGGCUAACUGAGAUGCAAAAGCUCAAUGCCGUUGUCGCACACGAGUCUUCCAAGCGUUAUAAGGACAUGAGCAUCCUCUGCUUCGCCUGCGACCCCGGUGCAAUCAAAACCGAACUGAAGCGCAAUGCAAGUCCCCUUCAGCAGAAGUUCACGGACUUCACGUCACACGAGCUGUGGUACGGUACACUUACGCAGCUGUGGGUCGGGACGAUGGAGGAGGCGAUUCAGUAUAAUGGCGAGUUCAUCAUUCCAUACGCUCGCCCGGGCAAGACGCAAGCUCAGAUGUACGACCCCGAGAUUGGUAAGCGCCUGUGGUUGUACAUGGAGGAGGCGGUCAAGACCAAGUAG